AAGCCAAGUUUGGUUCCUUCCUCUUUUACAGGCGCAAGUACGACCUUUUUUGCUAUCUCUACACAAAAGUUUCAUCAUGAUCUAUUCCUCUAAAAAGCUGUUCUUGUUCUUCCUCUCCUGCAUUAUGAUGAUAUUCAACUACAACACUAGUGGCUUCUUAACCGCAACAAAUAGCGUUGGUUUGAACUACGGCCUCCUCGGAGAUAACCUCCCAACUCCGUCCAAUGUUCUCAACCUUUACAAGUCCAUAGGGAUUACAAAAAUCCGAAUCUUCGACCCCAACACAGAGGUUCUUAAAGCCUUACGCGGCCACCGCAAUAUUGAAGUCACUGUUGGCGUUAAGGACCAGGACUUGGCUGCUCUUGCAGCUAGCGAAGAAGCUGUUAAGGGCUGGUUUGUGACCAACAUCGAGCCUUACUUAGCCGACGUCAACAUUUCUUUCAUUACAGUUGGUAAUGAAGUCAUCCCUGGACCAAUCGGUCCGCAAGUGCUUCCGGUAAUGCAGUCUCUCACCAACCUGGUCAAGUCAAGGAACCUUCCGAUCUCGAUAAGCACCGUGGUGGCUAUGUCGAAUCUCGAGAAAUCAUACCCACCGUCCACUGGAAAGUUCACGUCCCAGGCGCGGGAACAACUUGUCCCCGUGCUAAAACUGUUGUCUCAAACAAGUACGCCUAUCCUCGUCAAUAUCUAUCCUUACUUCCCUUACGCAUCCGACCCAUCGAACAUCCGUCUCGACUAUGCUACCUUCAACACUGAGGCCAUCGUGGUCCAAGAUGGACCAUUGGGCUAUUCAAACAUGUUUGAUGCAAUCUUCGACGCAUUCGUGUGGGCAAUGGAGAAGGAAGGCGUGAAAGGUUUACCAAUGGUGGUGUCCGAGACCGGAUGGCCAUCAGCUGGAAAUGGGAACCUAACCACACCGGAUAUCGCGGGUACGUACAAUAGUAAUUUUGUGAAGCAUAUAGUAAGCGGAAAAGGGACGCCUAAGAGGCCUAACAAAGGCUUCGACGGGUUUCUAUUUGCAACGUUCAACGAAAAUCAAAAGCCGGCCGGGACUGAACAGAAUUUUGGGUUGUACAAUCCUACUGGUAUGAAACCCAUCUACAAGCUAUUUUAAAGUGUGAAAGUUUCUUAGACUUUUCCGAUUCACUAAUAAGUGAGAUUAAGAGCAUGAUUACUGGGGUUCUGGUAGAGAUUCUCUCAAUUAAAAAUUUAAAAGUAAUAAUAAAAAAAGAAAAAAACUGAGUAACGUUACUUUCUAUAGAAACGAAGAAGCGUUACUCAACACGAGUGGCAACAUCUAAUUAGUUAAUUUUCUAUUUUUAGAUUUAUUAUUUAAAUAUAUAAUAAUAUUAAAAAAAUCAUUAAAAUAUAUUUUUUGGAGUAACAAUCAAUCCGUUGCUGGGAUAAUGAUGCUCUUAACACAUGUUAUAAGCAAUUGGCUUAUGUGAGAGUGGUGAUGAGAUCUAGUAGAGGAACUUAAUUGACAUUGAAUUUGGUAGUUAAAACUACUUUCUCCGGUUUUAGUUAAUGGAUUCCUUCAUCCAUCAUAAGAGUAUGCCAUUUGUUUCGUAUCGGCCGUCUUGUUUGUGCAUUUCUUAAAUGAAUAUAAUUUUUAAUAUUUUUAUAUUGUUAAGCAAAAUCAGUCUCCCAAAUUGUUUCAAAAAUCAAGGUUUAAAUAAAUCUUAACAAACUGCAUUAUAGCGAUCUUGAUUACACAAUGUUCUUUAGCAUUACAAGAUUAAGAUUAAAUCCUUUUUAACUUUGGAAACUCGUGAAUGUUUCUGAAGAAAAAAGAUUUUAACCUUUAUGAUAAAAUAUGACUUUCGAUAUGAAUUUAGGGUUGAGCCCCAAAUUUGUUUUCGCAAAUCUUGACAAAUGAUUUUGGAGUUAGUCAUCUUUUAUAAAUCCAAAAAUUUUACCUAUUACUAAAAAAAAUUUGAAUAGUACUCCUAAAUGUCCAUGUUAACUAUUACUCCGACUCCAACACAUACAAUUAACUCAAAACCUAACGAUGAUAUCUCAUUUUCAUGCUAAUGUAUUCGAACACAAAUGUUCUUUACCGAUCCAAUGAAUCUUACUUUCUUUAUUCCACAUUGACAAUCCGCAAUAGCACUUGUUAUACAAAAGAGUUUAAAAACUAGUCAUGCAUAUAGAUGCCAUUACGACGGAUAUAUCAACAAGACUUCCUCCCGUCAACAUGUUUUCUCAUUACCAAAACCAGUUACCUUCGGUCCCAAACUACCAAAUGCAAUUUACCAUUGCUUGUUAUGAACCAUUGUGAGUUGUGACAAUCAUAUAGUUUUCUUGAGACUCCUUCAUUUUCAAUCCAUCUCUUCUCCAUUUUUUUUUUUUUUUUGCAUUUAUACGUUUAAAAGCUAAGCAAUACACAGCUUUUUAUCAUAAUAUAAAGGGCUUUUAGCACUCAUACCCACUUUAGGGUAAACUUCUUUCACAAAAACCCACUUUCCCAACUUUCUAUACUUUUAUGAGUUUGUUGUUUAGGUGUUCAUGUUUUUUUUUACAAUUUUGUCUUCAGAAAAAUUUUGAUGGAAGAUAAUUUUUUUGAA